AGUUAUGUUGCUGUGGCGAAUGCUGUUGGCUACGCCGCCGUCCGUGCCGAGUCCGACGCACGAUUUCAGUCAGUUGCACGCAUCUCCAGGUCGUUCCCGAGAGCCCUGGAGAGUUCUAGUGACAUCCUGACUAGUGUCCAAGUGGGUAGUGUUAGCAGUGAACGUGAGAAUAUUGGGUAUCUUCACGUGCAGAGACAGAACGUAGCCUCCUUACGAAUUCGGUGUGCUUCCACCAGGUGAUCGUGAAAACACGCCGUUUGAACAGUGAGCCGGACUUACGAAUGAUUUUUAAUCGAGAAGGAAAAUCUUGAGAGAACGACAAGUUCUUCACUUUCAAAAUCAAAGAUGUCUGCUAUAUCUGGCUAGAAAACUUUAUGGGAGAGUACCAGAGAAUGAGGAUCACGAAUCUUCGAUCGGAGGAGUAGCGGCAAACAAGAGGAUAUAAUAUAUUGAAGCAAACAGGCUGAUGCAUUUAUUGGAGAUGCUCACACUGUUGUGUACUCUGACGAAUUAGUAAAACCGUUUACCAGAGUGCCGAGUUACUAAGAGUAAACAAAGUACUGAUAAGUGUCAUCGUCACGUGAUAACGUUUCUCCUUCUCUAUCUCCGCCCUCACGUUGGGAGUAAAUGAUACUGGAAGGUGUGCAGAGUCAACGGCCAGUAGGCGAGUCGUUUACGCAGUUGUCAGUGUGAACGGAGCUUAACUUGGCGUGACCACCAGUUCGGCCAUUCAGUUUCCCGCGACUGACGAUGUAGAACGUUCGCGGAUCUCGCGAUGGCAAGAUAGCCCAAGAGGACAUGGAGGAUUAGCCUGAGGAAAGGAGAAGGAAAGAAAAGCGGCUGAUAGAGGAAGAUAUAAGAUAGUGAAAAAAAGUUGGGAAAAAGAAUUUUGAAAAUUGACUGUCUAUCAAAAAAAAAAUAUUUUGAAUUUCGCGGCAUAGUCGAGCUUCGAGUAUAUAAGUAAUACAGCAGGGCAGUGAAUUAUGAAAAUGAUGGGAGACGUGGUAGCAGCCCCGGUCGAUGAUGGGACUACUUCCGGUCAGCCUGGUUCUACCAGUAAAGAAUUUGGACACAAGACCCUCAGGUCCUUGAAGAGGGGAUUGGGGAGACUCUGGAGGAGACACAGGGGAAACGCAUCCAUUACCGAAUACGAUCCUUGCUACAAGGUUGCCUAUCUUGGAAACGUGCUCACUGGUUGGGCCAAAGGAGAUGGAUGCGUGGAGAAGCCUGUGUCCACUUUAUGGAGGAAUUAUGUGAGCAGCAGUCGACCUGACGUCACUAUGAGACUCACUAUCACAAAUGGCGGACUCACUGCCACCACCAAGGAUCAUGGCCUGACUGAAUAUUGGGCACACAGAGUGACGUAUUGCACGGCUCCUGCUUCACAUCCUAGACUAUUCGUCUGGGUUUACAGACACGAGGGACGUAGGUUGAGACCGGAACUGAGGUGCCACGCUGCGCUUUGCUUCAAGGAGUCGACUGCCAGGAGACUGGCGUCCAUCUUGAACACCAGGUUACAGCAGGCGUUGUUGGAAUUCAGACGUGACAAAGUCUCUAGACAGAAUGCCAGACUCUCGCUGGCCAAUGCCGUGUAUGAGAAUCCGUCGCUGCCAAGGAGAAAGAUCCUGUUGAGUACCGGAGGGCAGAAUUACAGACCACCCUUGGAAAGGUCGAAGAGUGCACCAAAACUGUCGGCCAUCGAGGAGGACUCUGUGGCUGAAGAGAUAGAGCAGCAACGUCUUCUGGAGGAACUGCGUACCCUGGAGAACGUCGCUCGCAGCUGGCAGGAGCAGGAAGACUGGAGGAUAGCUCGUCUAGUGGAUGCGUUGAAUCGUACCUCUGGAGAGUCUUCUGAUGAGAAUGGUAGCAUAUCGAGCGGUUGUGAAACGGCCAGUACAGCCAAUAGCGAGGAGAGGGCGCCAGGAGCUGAGGAUGCUCAUCCUGUCAGGGAGUCAGAGGUCAGGAGUCCUAGGAGAGUCUUCUUCUCGGACGAGGUACUGCGUCCUGGUGCUACGGGACUUAGGAGGAAUUCUGAAGGUUCGCCGAACUUUAUGACCUGCACCGGAAGUCCGAAGUUUCUGAGUAGCUCGACAAACCGUAAAAGGUUCUUGAUCAGGACCGACGAGGAGGAAGAGGAAGAAGAAUUGGAAGAGGAGGAAGAGGAGGUCAGGUCGAAUGUCUUCGACUUCGAAGAGGGAGAAGACUUCGGCGUUGACGAGGUCGUUGAUUAUAGACCGAGGGGUGAGAGUCCUAGAAGAUUAGAGAACAGUCAGGAAAGAAGAUUAGAAGGCGCCAGGUGUGAAAAAUAUAUUUCGAAGAAGGCCGAGGCAGAGAUCCUAGAGGAGGAUGAGUUCUUCCGGUUGGAUUCCCUUGAUGAGGAAGCCGACAGCGACGAGAGCGGCUACGUCGAGGCACCACCCAAGUCCUUACUCAGUCAAGAGGAACCUAAGGAUCCUUUGGAGAAGGUUGAGAGUAUUGAGACAAAAAGUUUAAGGACGAGAGAGAAAGUGGAGAACAUGCUGGGCAAUUCGAAGACUCCGGACCGGAAGGCCCUGGACCAGAAAGAGUUACAGGACAUACAGGAAGCUUUGUGUGAACUCGAUUCUGCUGUUGCCUCCGAAGACAAUCGCAGGAGACGCGAUAAGGAUAAGGAUUUCAUAAUGUGCCCAAUUUCGGAAACUAUUAGGAAACUUGCUAACGCUUCUCUAAAGAGUUCCAAGUCCUUGGAGAUAUCCACGAGCACCUGUCUCAAGGCACUGAACAAUCUUAAGACAUCAAAGUCCUUUGACUCAUCCAUAACCAAGUCCACCUUAGAAGUUCACGAGGAGUCGCCAAGUCUUCAUCAGAGAAAGCAGCUAUUAGCCCAACAAGGUGUCACCGUGUAACCCUCUAAAGCGUCUAAAACGGGAAAAGAAGCAAAUGGAAUUGUAUACAAAAGAAAUAGAUCAAUCGAUCGAUAAAUCAAUAGGUCAAUACGAAUGGAGGAUGAGACAAUAUACUAUGUAGGUACUAGCAUAGGAAAAACUCACCUCUCUAGAAUCACGCAGGUGCGUAGAUCGUUCAAAACGUGAAAAAUAAAGAAAAAAAGAAAAGGUGCCGAACUCUGGGAGUUCACAUCGCGUGUUAUCCACACUGUAAAUAUGGCGGCCCUUUGUCAGGCGGAUGUCGAAUAGAAACACGGGGCCUUUAAGCAUAAAAUUAAUAUCAGACAAACACUGUAUAGAAUCUUCUUGAAGUGAACUUUUAAGACUUCUGUAUAGUCUAUAAAAAUAAAACUGUGGAGCGUGAAAAGAGACUUUAUACGCAGUCUAUAAAGUUGAGGAUACUCUGAAAGCGUCGAGUAUAUUUGAAACGUCCAUUAUUAGUCGAUACAUACAAAUCUAUAUAUAUAUAUAUAUAUAUAUAUAUUUACACACACACAAGGUUAUCCAUUUCAAACGUACCAGUCAAAUAUAACAAGUGCCAUCAUUUAUAUGGCACCAUCUGGCUGUUACGUUUGAAUUUAAUCACUCUGUAUAUAAGUGUAGUAUAGUACGGUGCACAAGGUAUAGUCUAUCCACAAGUAAAAUCUGUUUCUAGAGGCCAUCUAUCUGUGCCUUUUAAUGCGAAGGCAGUCCCCUAGACCUCAGAAUUUACUUACGGGUCGAUUUUAUCUGCACGCACGCAUGCACAAACUACGGGCAAAUUGUGUAUUCGCCUUAAUUUAUAAUUCAGCUGAGCGUACCUUGAUCCCCCUUUAAGUAACGCCCACGCCACGCUAUUAAGCACAGAGCGACUGAAGGUUAGACAGUUGCUGGGCCUUAUGCCCAAGAGAUUAUACAUAGAAUUGCCAUUGAGUAGGGUCCCAAAUGGAAUCGUACUCGAAUCCUCAAAGGUGUAAUCGCGAUCCUGGCGUCCAUUGGCAAGACGCAUAGCGAAGGAAUCGCAAUUCGCAAAUUCGCGCUAAUAAAAUCGUGGUCAACGAAUAAAGAUGAUGAAGUACGUAACGGACAAUUUUAUUUCAAAGACGUUUCUGUAGCACAAUCAAAAAUAAAAAAAGCGUACACGCUCGCGCUUUCGAGUAAACGCGAGGAUUGUAAAAACAAAAUGAAACAAAAUAUAUUGAAUACUCUGUAAA